AUGAACUCAUCGUUGCCAAAAUCACGUUCCGAAAGGAGUGACUUUAGUAUAGCACGAAUUUUGGCUAACGACCAUGGCGUAUCUAAGGAUAUAGUAACAUCUAAAGAUUUAAAUAAUUGUGUUGAUACUGUUGUUAAUCAAUUACAUGAUCAAAGCAUGAAAUUUCGACGAGAAAAUGACGAUGAUAUUAAAAAAGUGACCAAUCUUGUUAAUAGUCGUGAUUUUGAUUUAAGAUCGAUCGAUCAACUCACCAGGAAGAUUAACGAAGAAGAAGAUGACGAUAAUGAUGGAUCUAACGUAAUACAGGGAUCUAUUGCGCAGUCGCGUUCGAUCAACACAAAAUACGAAGAUGACGUUAGAAGAAACGAAGUCACAGCAUCUUAUGAGAAAAAUCAAAGAAACGAAUUAACUUGGCUACAAUACACGAGAUAUAAACCACCUAAAUUACCUAGAAGAAGCUUCAUUGGUAAAAAUACUAAAAGACGACCCGGAAUUCAUCCACGCAUACCGUUCUCUUCGUUUCAGCUUCGAGUUCUUGAAGAAAAGUAUAAAGAAAAUGCUUAUUUGUCAAGGGAAGACGCGUAUGAUAUAUCAACUGAAUUGAGACUUCCUGAAAGUAGAGUAAAGAUCUGGUUUCAAAAUCGCCGUGCACGGGAUAGGCGAGAAUCAAAUAAUGUUAUGGCAAUUACGUAAUAAAAGAUUUUAGAGUGAUGAUAUGCAAUAACAAUGAUGCGACGAAGAAUAAUGGGGGAAAAUAAGUAAACUAAUAAUAUAAUUGUUUACAUAAAUUCCAUAUAUUUGUCUGUUGUACAUAAAGUUCAUAACGCCUUAGAAAGUAGAAAUAUUAUUUAAAAUGUGUGUUGAUUAAUUUUAUUAAAUUAACUUGUAAUCUUAUA